AUGGCACUCAUUAAUGCAAGCCACCCUGAAGAGUUCAUUCUACUAGGCUUUGCUGACCGACCCUGGCUAGAGCUUUCUCUAUUCAUUAUUCUUCUGAUAACAUAUCCCAUGGCCAUAAUGGGAAACAAGAGUAUCAUUUUGGUGUCCACGAUAGAUCCCUGUCUCCACAGUCCCAUGUAUUUCUUCCUCACCAACCUUUCCUUUUUGGAUAUAUGUUUAACCACAAGCAUUGUGCCUCAGAUGCUGAUUAACCUGGGAAGCACUAACAAAGCCAUCAGCUAUGUGUGGUGUGCAGUUCAGCUCUAUUUCUUCAGCAUGAUGGGAAGCACAGAAUGUCUUCUCCUGGCUCUCCUAUCUUUUGAUCGCUAUGUAGCCAUCUGCAGACCUCUGCACUACACCCUCAUCAUGAAUCAGCGGGUUUGCUUUCUAUUAGUAUCCAUUGUGUGGUUGGGUGGUAUCACCUAUGCUGUCUCAGAAGUCACAACUACAUUACAGUUGCCACUGUGUGGCAAUAAUAAACUGGAUCACUUGGUGUGUGAGACCCCAGUUCUUUUAAAGUCUGCUUGUGGUGAAAAAGAAGUUAAUGAGUUAACAAUCUCUGUGGUGUGUAUUUUUAUAGUAGCUGUUCCUCUGUGCCUGAUUCUUGCCUCCUACGCUAGCAUUGGACAUGCUGUACUUAACAUUAAAUCUUCUGAAGGAAGGAAAAAGGCCUUCGGGACAUGUUCCUCUCAUCUCAUUGUGGUGCUCUUAUUUUACGGUCCAACCAUCAGCAUGUACCUUCAACCCCCCUCUUCUAUCACAAAGGAUCAGCCCAAGUUCAUGGCCCUCUUCUAUGGAGUGGUGACGCCUACAGCCAACCCCUUUAUCUACACCCUGAGGGAUAAGGAUGUAAAGGGGGCUUUAAGAAACCUAGUGAAGAGCAUUUUCAGUUCCAAAUAA